UGGGAAGGGGUUCUCUGCCUGGCGGCAGGGCACUUGCCUUGUCAACACAGAGAUGCGCAGGAGGGCAACUGCCGGGAGCUGCGAUGGAGGGGUGAUGAUCUGUAGUGGGGAAGAUCCUUCAGAUGAUGGGUUUGAACACUGUGGUGGAGCUGGCUGCUCAGAGCCUCGGAGAUCUGGAAGGGAAAAUAGAGAGGGAGCAGGGGAGCAGGAGGGGCGAUGACGAUGGUAGAAGUUACUCGAGGAGAGGCUUUGCAGCAAUGGCCGCUGUCUUGGGGGCAAUGAUGAUGGAGCAUGAUGGAAGGAGAGGAAGUGGGGUGGCUAUGGCAGAAACCGACAUCAACACUGCUGUCGCAGAUGGUGCAACGGCGGCAGUGACAGAUUGCCCACCCGAGACUGACGAAGCGAUGGAACAGAUGAACGUCUUGACUGCUCUUGCGAUCAUUGUAGAAGCAGUUGCCUUGAUUGGAGCUGCAGUGGGUGGUUGGGUGGCUAGACACAGGAAGGCAGAGCUAGAGAGAAUCAAUGCCCAAUUAACGCAGAUCAACCUGAACCUUACGAAACAGGCAAAGGUGGAAACAUAUGCACCGAGGCUAUUGUAUGCCCCCUGUUGGGUGAAGGCUUGAUGCUGAGGCCCCUGCGGACAAGCGAAAGCAGGAAAUUAUGAGCUAUUUUCGAGCUGGUAAAAGAGGUCUGUGAGAGGACCGCCCUCAGGAUGUGUUCUAUGAGUUUGAAAAGGCGUUGGCUUUGGCUAAUACAGGGAGGCGGUGGGGUACCUCAAGGACAGUGUGGAGGAGAAGAAAGCCGCAAGAGGUCCCGGCGCUGCUUGGCAGCGGCUCGGCAAAUACAGGGAGGCGGUGGGGUCCCACAUCACUGUGUUAUCCAUAUCAGCGAAAACAAAAGAACAUGCCGGAUAUACUGAAGCCUACGGGUCCAUUGCUGACUGCUACACAGAGUUAGGAGAUACCAUACCAUUGUAAAUCUACCAGAGCAAGCGCAGAUGGGGGAGAACCCGGAGAAGGGAUCGGAAAAAAACAUGGAGAUCUCAAUGAAGCUCCUGGCUGGAU